AUGCGGUACCUACAACAACGUUGGUCUCCGCUCGCUCGUUGUGGUGUGAGAUCCCGCCUUUUCCCUACAAAGACUCGAAUGCGUUUCCGAAUGAAGGUGACUGUAUCACUGGAGUUCACUCGCCAGCCCAUUGAAUAUUCCACGUGGAAGUGGGACACGCCUCGUUCACCAAGCAGUGCCGACGAGAUCGGCCCUCUCUUGAUAAUUGUUUUCUCUGUGGCGGCAUGUCGUCUCCAAGACUUUCAGUUGACGUAA